AUAAAAUCUAACUUAUCGUGAUUUUUCUUCUCCUCACAGAUGAAGCUGCUCAUUGUUGUGGCCAUGCUGGCAGCGAGAGCUGCAUGUAUUCAAGAUCUCUCAGGGAAAAUGUUCACGUUCCCAGUGCAAAACAACCGAGCUCGUGUCAGGCUGAUAACAAACAAACAAGAAUUCAGAGCUGUGACUGUCUGCCACAGAUCGUUUACAGACAUCAAAAGAGACCAUGGCCUGUUCUCACUGUCCACCUCUGGGUCGGCCAACUCUUUCCUGAUAUUCUGGGAUGAAACAAAUAAGGAGAUGGAGGCUCGCGUCAAGGAACAAAAGUCAGAGUUCAGGGGACUGGACUACAAACCCAACAUGUGGCACUCCAUCUGCACCACCUGGGACUCAGCGACCGGAAUUGUGCAGUUGUGGUUUAAUGGAAGGCCGACGAUUCGCAAAUUUGUCCCCGCCACAUCAGCUAUAACUGGAAGCACGAUGAUCAUUCUUGGACAGGAGCAGGAUGCUCACGGUGGAGGAUUCGACAUCAAGCAGGCUUUUGUUGGGAUGAUGUCGGACGUCCACAUGUGGGACUACGUCCUCUCUUCCUGUGAGAUUCAGAGCUACGUCGACAAGCUCAACUUCACUCCAGGGAACGUGCUGAACUGGAAGGCGCUGGAGUUUGAGAUCACAGACAAAGUGCUGGUGGAACCGAAAUCCAUCGUCUGUCACUGAAACUGUGACGGACAUUUGUCAGUGUCUCCGAAAGCCUUGCUGUGGUUCAGUUGUUUUGGGUUUCCAAUGAGGAGAAAUUGUUUAUA